GCGUCCGCCCCUCUUUCCAGCCGAGUCUGGAAGCCAGAGAGAGAGCGAGAAGGUCCCUUCUUCUUCUCCUUCUCCUUCUUCUUCUCCGGUCUCUCCAUGGCUCCGGCCUCCCAGGCGUCGUCCCUGAAGGAAGCCGGGAACCAGCAGUUCCGCAACGGACAGUACAGCCAGGCGGCCGCGCUCUACGGCCGGGCCUUGGAGUUGCUGGAAGCCGCAGGGGAUGCAAAUGCAGAAGAGAAAAGUGUUCUUUAUUCCAAUCGUGCUGCAUGCUAUUUGAAGGAUGGGAACUGUAGUCUGUGCAUUAAGGAUUGUUCUGAUGCCCUGGAGCUUGUCCCCUUUGCCUUCAAACCCCUGCUGAGGCGGGCAGCAGCCUAUGAAGCUCUCGAGAGGUACAAUUUAGCCUAUGUGGACUACAAAACUGUAUUACAGAUUGAUUGUUCUGUACAGGCUGCACAUGAUGGCGUCAAUAGAAUGACCAAGGCUUUAUUGGACAAAGAUGGCCUUCAGUGGCGCCAGAAGCUACCACCAAUCCCAACUGUUCCUGUUUCUGCUCAGAAAAAGUGGGAGCCACCUCCUGCUGGAAACAAAGUGAAUGAUACUGCACCUGUAACAAAUCAAGUGCCUACAGCUGCUACAACGAAGCAAGCAAAUGCAUUGAAACUAGAAGGAAAUGAAUUUGUAAAGAAGGGCAAUUAUAAAAAAGCUGUUGAAAAAUACACACAGAGUUUAAAACUCCACAAGCUUGAAUGUGCAACUUACACUAACAGGGCUCUUUGCUACCUGAAUCUAAAGCAGUACAAGGAAGCAAUUCAGGAUUGCUCAGAAGCUCUUCAGAUCGAUCCAAAGAAUGUCAAGGCAUUUUACAGACGAGCACAAGCAUACAAAGAACUUAAGAACUACAAGUCCAGCAAAGCAGAUAUCGCCAGCCUCUUGAAAAUUGAACCAGAAAAUAGUGCUGCUAAGAAGUUACUGCAAGAAUUGAACAAACUCUUAAAAUAAGGCUGGCUAAAAACUGUGUUGGUUUGAAGAUGACAUGUUUUUCCUGUUUUAAAAAAACAAAACACAGGGACCAGGCUGAAUGCUGCUGCAGAAUCCACCUUCCAGACCUGGUGAUAUCUUCCUGGUUCCAUGCUUUAUACAAGAUGUUCAUCCUUCCUCUUAAAGCCUUUUGAAAGUUCAGUGUGACUUCUUGAGAUGUAUAGCUUUCUAGCAAAAUGGCUCCUGCACCUCUCUACUUUAGAAAAAACUGCUGUUUCUAGUUGUUGGAAAAUAUCACUCUAUCAGUCAGAGCAGCCCUUGUCAAACAAGCUAUUUUGGAUGUGUGUUUGCACAGAAGGAAGUGUUGCGAGCCUUUGGUAGUGGUUGUGUAUACAUUUGAUAUCAGCACAGUGCAAACUAAAGGGUUGGGCUAAUAGUGACAGAUGGAAGUUAAGAGUUUAAAAAUAGUCUGCUUGCCUUAAUUUUUUGUGCACUACACUCCAACAGAGCACUUGGUCUUCAGAAAAUUACAUAGGAAUCUAAAGCUGCUUUUCUCUUUUACCAAAGAGUUUAGUACAUUGUGUUAUCCUUAUUAUGUGUGUACCUUUAGCACUCAAUAUUUUCAGUUUUUGUUGAUUAGAGUAAGUUUCACUUGCCCUCAGUUUAAAUACCUGUUAUGUUUCUAUAUGCCUACUACCGCACAACAUUUUCCUCCAUUGUACAUGUCAGAGUAAUUAUAGCUGGAAGUUCACAUUGUGGAGGGUCAGAGCAGUGUAGGAGAAGAGUCCAAGGCAUAUAUAUGUCUUUGCAACAAAAUACUUGUUCUUAGACUUAAAUGUCACAAAUAGCAGAUGAUAAUUUAUGUUGAGUUCUAACACACUUUCACUCUAUAAAAGGAAUAGGGAUCUCAAGCAGUUGCAGUACUACAGUUACAACAGUCUCAGCCAAUAUAAUUAAUAUUGAAAAAUGAGGGGAAUUGCAAUCCAACUAAAUCUGAAAGGCAAUAUGUUCCCAAUCCUACUGUGGAUAAAUGGUAGGAGAAAAUCCUGGUCUAGCAUUCUCAUUAAUAUGCUGGUUUUCUACAUGUGCUCGAUAAUCGAGGAGCAAUGAAUUAUCAUUUCCACCUGCAGUCUGGUAUAGCCCAAAGGUUGAUUAACUCAUGGUUGCUCUUCUACAGCGACAACAAAAGCUACAGCUUGAUUUUAUUAUUCUGCCCUCCACCAUCCAAUUUCCAGUUAAGUCACCCUGGAGGGAGCUUACUUCCCCCUCUUGCCUUUGAACUUCUGCUUUUAAGGAGUGCAUGAAACCUUUCAAGACAGGCCCACAUUCUUGAGGAUAUUCACCAAGUUACUAUUGUUAAUGUUGCACUGGGGAAUAUAGUACAGAGCUGCUACCUGACUCUCCUCUCUCUGGGGAGUUUGAAAGGAGGGGAAUGGCUAUCAACAUAUCUUUUAUCAGUAAGUUUUCUUUCUUAUACCCUCAGGACAAGGAAUAAAGCUGGUUUCUUAAAUGAUAAAUCAGUCUAUUCUCUGGUUGUUAAUUUGAACUUAUAAAAUAAAGUUUGCUUUUAUUCCUA